AUGGAAGACAUAUAAUGUGAUGAUCAUGGUAAUUUUGCAGGAGAUAAUUUCGUUUAGUAUGAUUUAAAUAUUUAAAAUUAAAACUAAAAUAACUAUACGGAUUCUGAAGACUUUAUUGGAUAAUCAUCUAAAGGACACGACAUUUCUGUUGAUUCAUAUUAAUUGGAAAAUUAUGAUUAUAUAACGGAUGUUGAAAAAGCAUAUACAUGGAAUAGAGAUUCUCAUGGACUAUUUGAUUAUGAAAGUAAAGGAAUAACAAAGUCUUAACUAAAAGUUCCUCAACCAAGUAUCAUUGUUAGAGAUAAAGAAGAAAUUAAAUUGAUGUAUUCAAAUUAAAUAGAUAAUCCUGAUUUAAAAAAACUAGGAUGGAUAGAUGUUAGAGAUAACCAUUAUGUAGUAGAUUCUGAUCUAAUUACUUAUGAUCCUAAACUUAAACCAGAGUUAGAAGGAUUGAGUGAAAAUUGUGUAUGGAAAGUAAAAAACAUCUUUUUAUUUAAUGAAGAAUAUGAAGUUAUGAAUAUGGAUGAUCCUUAACUUUUUCCUUUAAAUGAUUAAACAGAAGAAAACAAUUCGUGUAGAGUAUGCUUAGGAGAUACAGAUGAGCCAGAUAAUCCGUUUAUAACACCUUGCAAAUGUGACGGUUCGGUUAGACUUAUUCACAUUAAGUGUUUAUAAUAAUGGUUGAAAAGAAGAUUACAUCCGAAAUGUACUUCAUAUUCAGUUUCUUUUGUUUAGAAAUAAUUUGAAUGUGAAUUGUGUAAAAACCCUUUUCCAAUUGAAUUACAAAAACCUCCUAUACCUUAUAUCACUUUAGAAAUUUUAAGUAAAGAUAAAAAUGUUUGUAAAGGUAUCCAUAUAAUAACCUUAUCUUAAAAAAAUAUUAUUAAACUUGGAAGAGGAAAUGAUUCGGAUAUUAAAAUUAGUGAUAUUUCAGUUUCUAGAUAUCAUGCUGUUCUUUCUUUUGAAAAUGAUAUUUUUACUAUUGAAGAUAAUAAUAGUAAAUUCGGAACCCUUAUAUUAUGUAAAGAACCUAUUGUUUUAGAUAAUAAUAAUAAUAAUAUUGCCCUUUAAAUAUGAAGGAGUGUUAUUUCAUUUAAUCUUAAAAAAAAUUGGAAAAUAUAUUAAGUUGCGCCUUUAAGUAAUAUGAAUCCCAAUCAAAAUCUAAAAAUUAUAGAAGCACCUGGUCAAAAAGACGAAGAUGCGAUUAAUAAGUUUGCUGAAGAUAUUUAAAACAUUUCUAUUUUUUAAAAAUAAAAUUAAUAAGAUGGAAGAUAAAAAUAAGGUAGUCUUAAACCUUUAAAAUUACCAGAGUUUAAUGAUCCUGCUGAAGAAUUAGAAUAACAUCAGAGAUAAGGAGAAAGCGAAAAUGUUCUAAGUUAAUUAUAAUAAUAGGUAAGCCUUUUAAUGUAGCAUUUAUAAAAAGUGGAGAAGUAAAUAUAAGAAACUAAUAAUGAAAAUGAAAAAAUUUC